UGCUGAGCUUCGCGGCGGGCGACGUCAUCACCCUGCUGGUGCCCGAGGCGCGGGACGGCUGGCACUACGGGGAGAACGAGAAGAACCGCAUGCGCGGCUGGUUCCCGUUCUCCUACACUCACCUGCUCACCGACAGAGAGGAGGAACCGGGGCCGCAGCUCCGGGUCCACAACCUCCAGCACGGUAAGAGCAGCAGCACGGGGAACCUUCUGGAGAGGGAGGACGCCUCCCUCCCUCUCCCCGACUACAGCAUGCACUCCCGCAUGGCGGCGCAGAACGCAGCCGUGGUGCUCCGGCAGCAGCAGCAGCCGCUGCAGCGACCGUACAGCAUGAUGACUCCUGGUUACCCGCAGCAAGCACCUGAGGAGUAUGAGCAGCGCUUCCCAAUGAGCACCGAACCCCCCAGCGAGCCGACGGUGGAGGCCCCCCCUAGCCCCCCCGUUGAUUACAACGCUGACGUUGACGACGACGGAGACGAUGACGACCUGUCCACAGGCUCCGCCCUCUACGACCUGGUCCGUAAAACCCCCACUCCGCCAGGGCUGUAUUGAGGCUCCUCCCCCCACCUCCACCAUCACCACCACAGCUACUUCAAGAGCUAUAGGUGGUUGGUUGAUGGGGCUGAUCACAACCAAUCAGUGCAAUGGGUUUGACGUUAACCAGUUCUUUAGUCAUUGAAUGCCCCUUCGAAAACAGGGAAACUGAUUUGAACUGUUAAAAUGAAAAUUUUAGGAACACAGGGGAAUCGUUAGUGUGUCUGGAGGACCUGAUGUGCUGUAACAGAUUAAAUGUAAUAAAUCAAAUAAAUGAAAGAGGAGAAUCAACCUAAUCCAAAUCCAAUCUGCAUCCAAGGUGUAUUAUAAAAUAAACCUGCCUUAAGGAAAUGUAGCUCUGAUUGCAUAAACAAUGGUUCCUUAUUGCUAAAUGAUGUAUUAACAGCUCAUCCGAUGCUGUACUUCAUAUUGUAAAUGUAUCGUUCAAUCAAAUCUGUAGCAAAUUGUAUUGCUGUAUUAAUGGGAAAAGUCAUUUGAAGAUGUUGGAUAAUUGACUGUUAGUGAACGCAGGGUUCUGUCUGUUUGUCAGGGGAUUUAAGGUUUUUAUCGUAAUAACCUUCAUGUCACCAUUAAUAUUAUCAACUCUAAUUUAGGCUAACACUACAGGAACGAAAACAGUGGGGAGUAAGGUAUGCUAUGUAAUCAAUGUCAUGGCAAACAGAGUACCUACAUUGAUUUAAUUGGAAAAAAUAAUUAAAAAGUGAAUGAAUUACACAUUCUGAAAAA